UUUCCUUUUUCUUCUUAAGUUCUCCACUUUUUUCUUUUUUGCAGUUUUGUAGGUUCCCAGUUUCUAUGGAUUUGUAAACUCUGUCCAUUGUGCUGCGAAUUCGAUUUCAUAUCAGCCUAUAUUGAAACUCGUCCUGCUUCUAGAUCCAUGUCAAUGCCUCAUGAGGACAGUGCAUCUUCACAUACUCAGCUUUCAUUUAAUUUGUUUGGUGAUCUCCUGGAUUCCGUGAUUGCCGAUGUUGCAUCGGAAUGUCAUCGAAUAGCAAGGUUAGGUCUUGAUCGUAACUUAGAAGAGGAAGAAGAAGAACUAAGACUUUCAGCACAGGCACGUGAAAGAGUAGCUGAUUCUUGCAAUAGCAGUGAGGCAAACGGGAAAUAUGUAGUUGAUAUUUUUGGACAAACUCAUCCUUCUGUCGCGAACGAAAUAUUUGAUUGCAUGAAUUGUGGUCGAUCAAUCAUGGCUGGGAGAUUUGCCCCUCACUUAGAGAAGUGCAUGGGAAGGGGUCGAAAGGCUCGUCCCAAAGUAACAAGAAGUAGUACAGCUGCACAGAGCCGGUAUUCACGAGGCAAUCCUGUUUCAUAUUCCCCUUACCCUAAUUCCACCAGCACGAAUCGCUUACCUAAUGGAACAUCUAGUCUUGCAGGGGAGGAGUACUCAAAUGGUACAUCCGAAGACCCAUGAACAAGAAAGAAGGUGGUCCAAAUGAUUGCCACUCUAUGCAUCCGUGGUCUCCACGUUCCACUUCCAUCUGCUCAAAGAUUUCAAGUCUGAUUGCAGGGACCAUCAUGCGGUGCCUGGAAGCGUAUGAGACCUGAAUGGCUGAUUUCUUCUGUGUGCAUAUUGAACAAGAGUUGUGUUCAGAUACGUCUCUCUCAUACAAACCAUUCUUAUUUCUGCAAUACAAUUGCUUUGAAUUUUCGACUGCCAAACUUUUCAAUUCUUAGGCUAAUAACAAAGGAAACGUUUGGUAAUUGCUUCUUGCCCUUGCCCAUUUGUUUUUGUCUAGUGUAGAAUGUGGUUAUUACUUUUAUAAUUGUUAGAUACUUUUGA